GGCGUGUCCCUUGCCCCGCGCCUGCGCAGAGGCGCGUCUGGGGCGGCGGUGCCGGAGCCGCCGCCAUGGUGGAGUACAUGGCUCAGGAGGAGGAUUGGGACCGAGAUCUGCUGCUGGAUCCGGCGUGGGAGAAACAGCAGCGGAAGACAUUCACUGCCUGGUGCAAUUCCCACCUGCGGAAAACCGGGACCCAGAUCGAGAACAUCGAUGAGGAUUUCCGGGAUGGGCUCAAGCUGAUGCUGCUGCUGGAGGUCAUCUCAGGUGAGCGGCUCCCGAAGCCAGAACGAGGCAAGAUGAGAGUUCACAAGAUCAACAACGUGAACAAAGCUUUGGACUUCAUAGCCAGUAAAGGGGUGAAGCUGGUGUCCAUAGGGGCUGAAGAGAUCGUGGAUGGCAAUGCCAAGAUGACCUUGGGAAUGAUCUGGACCAUUAUCCUGCGCUUUGCCAUCCAGGACAUCUCAGUGGAAGAGACCUCGGCCAAGGAGGGGCUGCUGCUCUGGUGCCAAAGGAAAACGGCUCCAUACAAGAAUGUCAAUGUCCAGAACUUCCAUAUCAGCUGGAAGGACGGCUUGGCCUUCAACGCCCUCAUCCACCGGCACCGGCCGGAGCUCAUUGACUAUGAGCAGCUCCGGAAGGAUGAUCCCGUCACCAACCUCAACAACGCGUUCGAGGUGGCCGAGAAGUACCUGGACAUUCCCAAGAUGCUGGAUGCUGAGGACAUCGUGGGCACCCUGCGGCCGGAUGAGAAAGCCAUCAUGACCUAUGUGUCCUGCUUCUACCAUGCGUUCUCUGGGGCUCAGAAGGCCGAGACCGCAGCCAACCGCAUCUGCAAGGUGCUGGCUGUCAACCAGGAGAACGAGCAUCUCAUGGAGGACUAUGAGAAACUGGCUUCGGAUCUGCUGCAGUGGAUCGAGCGCACCAUCCCCUGGCUGGAGUCCCGCAGUGCUCAGCGGACGCUGCAGGAGCUGCAGCAGCAGCUGGAGGAGCUGAGGCUCUAUCGCCGGGUGCACAAACCCCCUCGGGUGCAGGAGAAGGUGCAGCUGGAGAUCAACUUCAACACCCUGCAGACCAAACUGCGGCUCAGCAACCGGCCUGCGUUCAUGCCCUCCGAGGGCAGGAUGGUGGCGGACAUCAGCGCAGGCUGGCAGCGCCUGGAGCAGGCUGAGAAGGGCUAUGAGGAAUGGCUGCUCAAUGAGAUCCGGCGCCUGGAGCGGCUCGAUCACCUGGCUGAGAAGUUCCGGCAGAAGGCGUCGAUCCAUGAGGGCUGGACCGAAGGGAAGGAGUCCCUGCUCCAGCAGAAGGACUUCGAGGCUGCCUCACUCUCCGACAUCAAGGCUCUGAUCCGGAAGCAUGAGGCCUUUGAGAGUGACCUGGCUGCGCACCAGGACCGCGUGGAGCAGAUUGCGGCCAUCGCCCAGGAGCUCAACGAGCUGGAAUACUACGACUCCCCCAGUGUCAAUGCACGUUGCCAGAAGAUCUGUGACCAAUGGGAUGUGUUGGGUUCCCUGACCCAUAGCAGAAGGGAAGCACUGGAGCACACGGAGAAGCAGCUGGAGAGCAUCGAUGAGCUCCACUUGGAGUAUGCCAAGAGAGCAGCUCCCUUCAACAACUGGAUGGAGAGCGCCAUGGAGGACCUGCAGGACAUGUUCAUUGUGCACACCAUUGAGGAGAUCCAGGGUCUCAUUGCGGCUCACGACCAGUUCAAGUCCACGUUGCCCGAGGCGGACAAGGAGCGUGAGGCCAUCCUGGGUAUCCAACGGGAAGCACAGCGCAUUGGGGAGCAGCAUGGGAUCAAGGGGGCUGGGAGCAACCCAUACACCUCCGUCACCCCACACAUCAUCGGCUCCAAGUGGGAGCGGGUCCAGGCCCUGGUCCCCAAGCGGGAUGAGGCUCUACAGGAGGAGCAGAGCAAACAGGAGUCCAAUGAGCGUCUCCGGCUCCAGUUUGCAUCCCAAGCCAACACUGUGGGGCCCUGGAUCCACACCAAGAUGGAGGAGAUCGGCCGCAUCUCCAUCGAGCUCCAUGGGACCCUGGAGGACCAACUGCAGCAGCUGCAGCUCUAUGAGCAGAGCAUCAUGGACUAUAGACCCAACCUGGAGCUGCUGGAGCAGCAGCACCAGCGCAUCCAGGAGGCUCUGGUGUUUGACAACCGGCACACCAACUACAGCAUGGAGCACCUGCGUGUGGGGUGGCAGCAGCUCCUGACCACCAGCGCUCGCACCAUCAAUGAGCUGCAGAACCAGAUCCUGACCCGCGAUGCCAAAGGAAUCAGCCAGGAGCAGCUGCAGGAGUUCAGAGCCUCCUUCAACCACUUCGACAAGGACCAUGGAGGUUCUCUGGGGCCAGAGGAGUUCAAGGCCUGUUUGAUCAGCCUGGGCUAUGACGUGGAGAACGACCGGCAGCGCCAGGGCAGCCGGGACACGGACGACAUUCCCAUGGGAUGCAGCCUGGGUGAUGCUGAAUUCCAGCGGAUCAUGAGCCUGGUGGAUCCCAAUGGAAGCGGAUCCGUCACAUUCCAGGCAUUCCUGGACUUCAUGUCCCGGGAAACAACAGAUACGGAUACAGCCGAUCAGGUCAUCGCAUCCUUCCGGGUCCUGGCCGGGGAUAAGAACUACAUCACUGCAGCUGAGCUGCUCCGGGAGCUGCCUCGGGAGCAGGCGGAAUACUGCAUCUCCCGCAUGGCUCCCUAUGGAGGCUCCGACGCCGGCCCCGGAGCCCUGGACUACACCUCCUUCUCCACUGCCCUCUAUGGGGAGAGCGACCUGUGAUUCCCGAUGGGAAUUCCGACCCCUCCCCCCUCCCCUUUGACCCCUUCCCGACGGCAUUCCCGACGUCAGGAAUGGGGCAGCGGCGCCGCUGGCUUGGGCUCUUUUUAAUAGAAACCCCUUUAUUUUUACGGCAUUCCCGACUUUUCCGCACCCGUUCCCGACUUUUCCAAUCCCAAUGGGAAAAGGGAUUUGGGAUCAUCCCCCCCCCCACCUUGGAGCAGGUUUUUCUAAGGAUAAUGAUGGGCAAGAGCUUCACAAAGGGAAGGGAAAAGGGGAUGGGAGCAAGAGGGAGAUUCCCGACAUUCCCGGUUCCUGGAACACCGGAACAUUCCUAUGGCCUUUCUUCACGGAUGGAGUUAUUAUAUAAAGUCUAUAUUCUCCUGCA